CAUGCGUAUAGGCCCGAAGUACAGUUCACCUCGUAUCGGCCGGCAGAGUAGCUUUUGCACGCAGGUAACAUCCAAAGUGAGUAAAUCGCAUAUUGCAGAGAUCAAUAAAAGUUAAUCAAAAAAAAUGGCUCCCCCCACAUAUGGUGAUUUGGGAAAGAACGCCCGUGAUGUAUUUAGCAAAGGCUAUCACUUUGGUCUUCUAAAGCUCGACGUCAGCACCAAAACCGACUCUGGUGUUGAAUUCUCAAGUGGUGGAUUCUCCAAUCAAGACACUGGUGUAGUUGUAGGAAACUUGGAGACUAAGUACAAGAUCAAAGAAUAUGGGCUCACGUUUUCCGAGAAGUGGAACACAGAUAAUCUUCUCGGAACAGACAUCACCAUUGCUGACAAGUUACUCCAGGGUCUCAGCAUUGGAUAUAGCUGUACAUUCUCUCCUCAGACUGGAAGUAAGACUGGUAAAUUGAAGACAACAUAUAAACAUGAAAAUGUAUCAGCGACAGCCGACUUCGAUCUUAGUCUCAAUAGUGGACCGUUGAUUCAAACAACUGCGGUCGUUGGAUAUCAAGGGUGGCUAGCCGGUUAUCAAACAUCCUUUGAUUCUCAGAGGAGCAAAAUAACUAAGAACAACUUCGCCCUUGGCUUCACAACCAAGGACUUCGGUGUUCACGCCUCAGUAGAUAAUGGGCGUGAGUUCAAUGGCUCGAUCUACCAUCUGGUAAAACCUGGCUUAGAGGGAGCUGUCAAUAUCGCAUGGAACUCUGGAAAUAAUGCAACACAAUUUGGUCUUGGUGCCAAGUACAAUCUCGACAAUGCUGCCUCAGUCAGGGCCAAGGUCAACUCUCAGCUGCAGAUUGGAUUAGGGUAUCAGCAAAAGUUGCGCGAUGGAGUUACUCUCAGUCUCUCAACGAACAUCGACGGCAAGAAUUUUGGCUCCGGUGGCCACAAAAUUGGUGUUGCUCUCGAUCUGGAAGCCUAAGAGGCUGAUGUAAAACUACAAUAAAACCAUCGUUAACAAUUAUAAAUUAAAAAUAUCAGUGAAUUCUGUCUCACUCGAGUUAAAAUAUCAUAACUCUGAUAUCGCUGAUGAAUAAAUUGAAUAAAUAUGAAAGCAAUCUUGACAACACGUUUAAAAUCUGCGCACCUAAGUUUCGAGAUGAACCUAUAAACGUAUUAGAUAAAAUUAUAGCCGAUUUUCACGGAACUCUCGCAAGAUCACCUUGUGAAGCAUCAACACUAAAUGCUGAGGAUAAAUAAAGUAAUUAGAUGGCUGAAUGGUGGCUUUAAAUCGACGAUAAACGUUUUAUUCAAAUAAAUAUGAUCAUUAAAUAUCCUUAAUUUUUCAUUCCGAUCAAGCAGUUUCCUCGUUUAUAAUUUAGACUUCAACCGUUGAGAAAUUACUACUAUCAAUAUAAUGAAAAGUCUAAUGAUUAUCCCUUGUUGAAUUUGUAUUCGUGUAGAUACGCUUUACUACAUUUAUUUCAUUGAAGACAAGUCAAUUUCAUUUUGUAAUAAAAUAUCUUGAUGAAUAUUAAAAAAAAAAGAAGUAGCUAAUAAAGUAAAAAAAAACGCAUAAGAUUACGGUUUCAA